AUGGCAGUUGACGCCGCGACGGUGCGAGCCGCGAUCACAGAAGCCGGCGACGCCGUCGCAAUCACCCACCGCCCCUGCGCGCUCGCCGGCUGGGGCGGCCGCGCGCUCGACGCCGCCGAGGCGAUCAAUGUGCUCGACGGGCCGGCGGCCGAGGGCGCCUGGACGGUUGGUGAUAGGCGCUUCGACGUCACGCCCGUCGACGCGAUGCUGCCCUGGAGCGGCCGCGCCGUCGCCGCGAUCGCGGCGACGCUGGGCGACGACGGGCGCGCGUUAUUACAACUCGAGGGCGCGGCGCUUGAAACGCCACCAGAGGAGGCGUGGCUCGAGCGCUGCGAGGGGUCGACCGUAUCACCUCCAUCCCGCGUGGCCCUCGCGAGUGCGCGCGGCUUCCGCGGGCGGACCGAGGACCUCCUCGCCUUCUACGACGCGGCGUUCCACGCGACGGCGGCGGCGCCCGCCGAAGACCUGCGCGUCGUGCUCGCUUGUAGAAGCAACGGCGCGGUCGCGCGCAUCCCGUGCUUACUCAAAGUGCCGGACGCCUCAUUGAUUGCCGCGUGGGUCUCAUCAUCAGUAGAGGAGGACGGCGCCGGCGCGUGGCGCGCCGCCGCCGUCGAGGCGCGGGCCCGCUGGCACCGGGCCCCGACGAUUGUUGUGAGGGACCGACGGUUAGAAAUCGAGACGACGGACGCCUGGCGGCCUUGUGAAGGGGACCUCUGGACGGCGGCGCUCGAGGCCGGCGUCGACGUCCCGAUUGAACUAGAGUCCGCUGUUUUAAAUCUCACACCGGCGGAUCAUUUGAAGCGCGUGCCGCGCGACCGCCCGCACGGCGUGCGGCGCCUGCUCAAGGGCCGAAGUCCAGCGCUCGCCGAGGUGGCCGUCGGCGCCGCCGCCGAGCACGCCUUCAUGCGGCUUCAGGACGGCCCCCUGCGCCUCGUGGACGGGCUCUGCCCGCCGCCGGUCCUGGGCGCGCUCGCGGCUCAAAAAGGCGUCGCCGUCUGCGACGACUUUGGGACGGGCGGCACGGUGCUUACGCUAGCCUACGACAACGACGACGACGACGAGACGCCGCCGGCCGCCCUUAUGUUGAUAAAGCGCGCGGGCGACGUGCUGGAGGCGACGAGCCCGCCUCUACUAAAUCCGCUGCGGCGUGAAAAUGAAGAGGGCGCCGUCGCGGUCCUCCGGCUCUUUGACAUCGAGGAGCCCGCUCCAGAAGAACGCUGCUGGCUCGACGCGGCGCGGUGCGAGGCCGGCGAGCCGACGGCGAGCGCCGUGCCUCCGUCAACGGUCGACGCCUGCGCCGCGGGCCUCGACGCGCGACAAGCGAAAGCGCUCCGCGCCGGCCUCGUCGGUAAGGCGCUCGCUUUGCCAAGCGGCGCGGGCCGGACAUUACUCGCCGCGCGGUGCGCCGCGGCCCACGCGUCCUUAGAGAGGAGCGUCCUCGCCGUCGCGCCGUCCGCGCGGGCCGGCGCCUCGCUCCAGGCGGCCCUCGCGGACCUGGGCGCCUCAUCACUAGUCCUGCCCGAGGCCGAGGCGCUGGACGCCGACGGCGUCGCGCGCGUCGCGCAGGCCGUCGCGGCCGCGCGGCUCCGUGACGGAUCCAUCGACGCCGUCGCCGUGGAGACGGCAAUCAUCCCAGCGACGCGCGAGGCGCGCAUCGCGGGCCGCGUCGCUUCGUACGAGGUGGCCCGCCGCCAGUUCAAGGCGACGUUGGAGCGGGCGGCCGCGACGAAGAAAGCGACGGCGUCAGACGCGGCGCGGGCGCUCCGCGCCUUCGCGGCGCGCGGCGAGCGGCCCGACGGUCCAAAUCUCGCGGAGGCCUUUUCGCAAUUGGACGGCUGGCCGACUUUGGUGAGGGACGCGGCGCUCGUCGUCAUAGCGACGCCGCUGGCCCUCGCGCGCUGGCUGCCGCGCGCGCGCGUCUUUGACGUUCUGGUGCUCGACGACGCGCACGCGUUCGAGGCGCACCACAUUCAUCAGGCGCUCGGCCGAUGUAUUGAGGGAGCGGCGCUCGUCAAAGCAUCAAGGUGCACGGGCGAGACGCCGUAUCGCGGCGUUGCUGCGCUGCCAACGCCGCAACCCAUUCAUGAUAAUGAUGAAAAGAGGGGCCCCUGGCGCCCGUCGAAGGUCGGAACGACGCUCGCCGCCGUCGCGGACGCCGUCGCGCGCGCGCGCGGCGACGCGCGGUUGAGCGACGCGGCUUAUGAUGUUGCGGCGAACGGCGAUUCUGUGGUGGGCGCGGCCUUCCGCGCGCUCCGGGGCGCGCGGUGCCACGUCGCGCUCGCCGCGACGGUCCUCGAAUUACUAAGACGGUACGCGGCGCAUUCAUCAACACCAAAGUCCGCGGUGGUCUGCGCCUACGACCUGCAGCACGCGCGAUUACUCCAAGUGCUGAUGACGCUCGAGCGCCACGAGGAUGCGAGGUUCUUCCCGCAGGGCGUGGACGUCCGGUCAUCGACGGAUGGAUUAGAGGCGCUCGGGGCGCCCGACGUCGUCUUGAGCUGCUGCGCGUCGAAGCGGGACUGGCGCGCCGACGCCCCAAGGGCGGCGCUGCUCGUCGGUCGCAUUUUAGAUGUGGACGGCGCCGGUUACGACGAAGACGACCCCGAGGUACCUCCUUCUGAUCAAGAAGAGGACUGGGUCGCCGCGCUGGCCGCGGCGGCGUCCUCGGUGGAGGACGCGCCCAUGCGCGACCUCCGGACGUUGUGCUUCCGCUUCGACGGGCGAGUCGUGAGAGCCAUCGCGAACUUCGAUUCGAUAGUCGUGUGCCACGCGUGCGAGGAAAGCUUUGGGGACGACGCCUUGUCCAUCGCGCUGCCGGCGGCGUUGAGGAGACGGGGCUGGGUGCGGGUUUACCACUUGUGCGAGACGUCGACCGUCGAAAAUCUAGUGGAGCCGCUGCUCGAGGACCUGUGCUCCUGGCGCCACGCGCUGCGCUUCGCUUCUGUAAAAGUGGAGGCGGACCGUAUCUGUUGUACGAUCGAAGCGACGGAGCCCGUACCCUCGAAAGUUUUGCGAGCUUUAACCUGCGACGCGUCGAUCCAGGUGGAGCCCUGGCGGACGGGGGCCAACGCCGUCGUCUCCUUAAAACGCACGUCCAUGGCAUUCGUCGGCAAGUGCCGGUGCGAGCAUCGCGCCGUCGCGGUCACUUUGAGAGAUGCGACGGGCAAGGUUCUGAUAACGGAAACGCGGGACGCGCCCGUCGCGCCGCCAGCGACCCCCGUGGCGCGGCUCGUCAAUGAGGAAGGCAAGGUGGCCCUGGUCAUUCGCGCGCGCGGGCGGCGCGCGGCGCCGUGGCGGGCGCCGUCCGUGGAUAUCGUCGCCGAGGUGUCGGCGGGGGAGACCGUCGUGAAGACGCUGACCAAGGGCUGCGCGGCGUCCGUGCGCCUCGCCCUCGGGCGCGUCGCGGGUCCAAUCAACGUGCGCGUCGUCGCGCGGAACAGCGCCGGGACGUCCGCGGCGCUGGAGCUCGCGGCCGACGUGCCGCCUCCGAUUGAUGAUUUUGACGACGCCGCGCCGGCGCUGAGCGACGAGGACGCGCUCGCCUUCGACGACGACAGCGACGACGACGCCGCGCCGCCGGCGCCCUACGAGCGCUUCUCGCUGACCUUUGUCAAGGGCCCUCUGGGCAUCAAGCUCGAGACGAGUGAGCGGCCGCGCGUCGAGGCGGUCACGAAUGACUCGGAGCACCAUUCAUCUCUGAAAUGUGGAGACGAGGUCGUGGGCAUCGGGUCGACGUCCUUCUUCGAGAGCGACGAUGACGUAGCAAAGGGCGGCGAUGGCGUUUUUAGUACGGACGACUGCUACGAGUUGCUGGCGGACGCCGUAGAAAGGGAAGCCUUCCCGCUCACGCUCCACUUCCGACGGCGGCGCGAGGCCGACGCCGACGUUUUCGUGGAUGCGGCCCCGUGCGACGACGCCCUCCCCGCCGCCGCGGAGGAGGACGACUACUUCGGCUUCGGCGGCGACGACGACGCGGGCGACGACGACGCCGCCGAAACGGUCGUCGUCCCGCACCUCCGGCGCGUCGACGAGCGCUCCUGCGUCGUCGUGGGCCGGCCCGCCGCGGCCCGGCUGCGGGCCGUCGACAGCGGCGCGCCGAGCGCGGACUGGGUUGUGUUCGACGCGGCCGAGGGUCAAAUGCUCGACGGUGAGAGCCUGCCGUGGCCGGCUCAGGCGACCGUCGUGGACGUGCGGUUACGAGACGCCGAGGACGCGUGGAGCGGGCCCUUCGCGCUGCGGCGGGCCGGGACGGCGAGCGUGCUUAGGAUAGAGGACUGCUGGUUCGUCGACGAGGACGAGGACCCUUUACGACGCAUUCAGCGCGGCGGGGCGCUCUGUUUACGAUUGAAGGCCCAGGGCGAAGGCCACGUCCGCGUCGUCGGUGAGUAUAAAGACUUAACGCUGCGCGCCGACGCGCACGUGGCCAGCGACGACCCUCACAUCUCGCUGCGGCCGCGGCCCGACGACCGGAGGCGCUGGUACGCCGCGGUGCUGGACGACGGUGGCGACGACGCACCGCUGGCCUUCUCCGUUCAGGUGGAAGUGGACGGCGGCGCCUCUCAAAUAUUUGCAGCGCGUGUGGCGAGGAAAGAGGACGUCCUACGACCGCAACCAGAACACGAGCUCGUGGCCAGCGCGUUGCCGGCGUUCCUCGCGCGCGUCGCGGCGUGUUGUACAAUCGCGGACGUCUGCGCCGCAUCGGACGAGCACGGCGCCGAAUUGGAAGAAGCGGAGCGCGCCGCCGUCGCGGCCGCGUCUCUAGUAACUUGGACGCGGCGGCCCCUCGGCGCGGCCGCGGCCGCGUCUUUACUAAAAGCGGCGGGCGCGCGGGACGAAGCGUGCGCCUACGCCUCUUCCGUGCGAGACGCGCCUCCAUCAACACCGUGCGCCCUCUUCCGCGGGUCGUCCGAGGAAGCGCCGGCGCUCGAGCCGCUCGUCGGCGCGGCGACGCGCGAGGAGCACAACCGGGAGCCGUUCUUCGACGUGCUCGCGACGUUACGAAAGGAGCAGGCGCCGCACCUCGCCGCGGCGUUGCUGCGGGGGGCGGGCGCGCGCCUUGCUCCCUCAUCAAAUGACGAGGUCCCGUGGUUCGCCGCAUCUACGAAAGUCGAGGACCGCGCCCGGGCCCUGUGGUGCUUCGAAGGGAGUGAGAGGACGCUCUACGUGCCCACGUGUAUCGAGGACGGCAUCACAAAACUAGAUCCGCGCGGCUACGCGUUCUUCGCGCCCGGAAUCGAGCGACGGGCAGCUCAACCGUGGAGUAGGCUCGAGGGGCACGUGGGUGUCGUCGGCAAAGCGUCGCUCGUGGCCUACGAUGCGCUCCCGCCCGCCUGGGAGGCCCUGCUGCGCCACGGUGUGAGACGGCUCCACGGUCCCUACGCGCGCGUCUUCGGUGGCGCGAGCGGCGAGGCGACGGACGCGACGGAGCGUGUAGCCAUUUGCUCGAGCUGCGACGCGACGCAGCGGCGCGCCGUGCGGCGGUGCGUCGCGGGGGGCGCAUUCGUGCUAAGGGGCCCGCCGGGCACGGGCAAGUCGGCGACGCUCGCGAAUUCGUGCCUGGCGCUCGCGGCGACGGGGCGGAGCGUGCUCGUCGUGGGCCAGGAGGUCGCGGCGGCCCGCGUCGUGGCCGCCAAGGUCGGCGAGAUCCUGGGAUGUAGGAGGGGCGUCGCGGGCCCCGACGCGUUGAUGUCCCGGCGGAAGCCGCACGCGGAUUCGUUACAAGUCCGUAUGCAGCGCGCCGCGGACGAGGCCGCCCUACCUCCAGCAACGUUCGCGGCGGAGUGGCUCGACCGCGGCUUCCGCGUGUCGCCUGUAAAUGACGUGGACGACGCCUACGCGACGUGCCUCUUCAAGCCGCGGCCGAAGGCGGCGCCGGACCGGCGCUUCGUCUGCGAGCUGUGCGGCCGGGACACGGCCUCGGCCGCGCCAAUGGCCAAGCACCUCCGGACGCACGCGGAGCCGAAGCGGCGGCGCAAGGGCGACGACGUCAUUUCGGAGCGGCGGCGCGUCGUCGACGCCUGGCGCGCGGAUGAAUCGCGCGUCGACGUCGCCCACGUCGCGCGCGCCGCGGCGGUCGCGCGCCAGGCGCAGGCCGCCGACGCGUUGUAUGACGCGGACCGGGCGUUACGCGAGGCUCUGAAACGUUUGGAGCCCGCGGACGCGGCGGGCGAGCGCCUCGCGGCGCUGGCGCUGCGCUGCGCCCUCGACGACGUCGAGGUCGACGGCGGCGAAGCUUUUGCACACGAGUGCGCCGCUGACGACGCGGCCGCGCGGGCGCUGCUGGCCGUGCUCGACGCCGUCGCCGACCGGCGCCUCGGCGCCGCGGCCGCGUCGUCCGCGCUCGAAAGGUGCGCGGGGCCGCCGGGCGCGCGCGCCGUGGCCCGGAGCGUGCUGGCGGCGCGCGGCGCGGAAAGGCGGCGCCGCGCCGCGCGCGCGGCCUUCGCCGCGCGGCGGGCGGACGCGUCGUCGGUCCCGGACGCCCCGUACGUCCGCGCUUUAUCCGACGCGCGGCGCGCGGCGUCGCUGGCGCUCGCCCGGGCGGCCGUGGACGCCCACUCUCUGGAAUUCAACGAACCGUUGAUCACGUGCGCGACGCCCGAGCUCGUCGCGUCCCUGAAUAUCGUCGACGACGCGCGCUACGGCGCCGUGCUGAUCGACGAGGCGUCGCAGUUCCCGACGACGCCGCUCGCGCUGGACCUCUGCGCGGCGGCGUCGUUGACGUUCGUGGCCGCGGGCGACGACCUCCAGCUGCCGCCGAGGCGCCACGCGACGGGUCUGCUCGACGACGUCGUCGAUGCCGGGCGCGUCGACCUCGUGCCGCUGGAGUGGCACUACCGCAGCGGCUGCCCGACGCUCAUCGGCGCGUCGAACGCGCUGUUCUACGGGAGUCGGCUGGUGGCGCCGGCGUGUGCGCCGAGAGAUCCGGGCUUAGUUGUAAUCGAGGUCGACGCGCCGAUGGCGUCGGCGCGGGGCCCGCCCGCCGGUCUGGUGAACGAGGGCCAGGCCCGGCGCAUCGCUGACGACGUCGUCGCGCUCGUGAAAAAGGCGGACGCGGCGGGCGCGCCGCUGUCCGUCGGCGUCGUGACGCUAAACCGCCCCCAGCGGGGUCUGAUCUACCGGCUCCUGCUCGAGAGCGGCGCGGGCCUCGAGGCCCACCCGACGUGCAAGGGGAGCCUGCGGCGCACGCCUAUCAGUGGAAGGGACGUGAGUGGCGACCCGCCGCUCUUCGUCGAGUCCAUCGACCGCAUCCAGGGCGAGGAGCGGGGCACGAUCUUCCUCUCGACGCUCCUCGCGCCGCGCGCGGGCGAGGCGACGGUGGAUCUCGAGACGCUGGACCACCUCGAGGAGGAGGAGGACUCGGACGACGAGCAAGUAUCUCGAAGGACGCCGCGGCGGCGGCGUGCGCCGAGCGCGCGCCACUACUCGACCCUUUCCCACGCGCACGGCCACCGGCUCCUGAACGUGGGCAUCACGCGGGCCGUCGAGACCAUGCGCUGCUACAUCCACCGCGAGUGCCCGGCGCCGGGCCCGCACGACGCGCGGCCGGGCCGGCGCGCCUUCGGGUGGCUCUGCCGCACAUUACUCAAGCGGCCGUCGCCGUGCGGCUGCGCCUCGUGCAAGGCACUCGCGGCGCGCCUCGCGCCGACCCUCGGGACCGGCGGCGACUCGGACGACGACGACGACGACGUCUCGUUCGCGGCGGGCGCGCGCGCGUGGCUGCGGCGCGCGACGCCGCCGGGCGGCAGCGUCGCGGCCGCGUCCGGCGCGCACCGGGGCGCCGUCGACGCGGCGCUCGUGUGCGGUGCGGCGCGGAGCGCGGCGUUGCUGCGCGGGGCGUCGUCCCUGGAUGCCCUGGACACGCUGCCGCGCGCGCUCGGGGCCCCGAAGCUCGGCUGGGGCCGCGUCGCGCGGCUCGCGCCGGCGGACGUCCUGCGCUGGCUCGGCGCCGGGGCGCCAGAGGAGGCGCUGCGGCGCGUCGCGGCCGGCGCCGCCGCGUUCGCCGACGAGGCCUGGGCGCCGGCGACGCCGUCGGCUGGUGCGUCGUCGCCGGUGGCGUCACCAGAGGACGACGGCGCGUGGCUCGCCGGCGCGCUCGCGGCGGCCGGCGCGGCGCCCACUGCCGCGCCCACUGCGGAACGCACGGAGGAGCUCACUGCCGAGCCUACCUCGGCGCGGUCUCCGCUCGCGCCGGUCAACGUCGCGCCGACGCCCGCUGAGAAGAAGGCUCCCUCUACGCCCGCCGACUCGACACAUUCCGGUGCGGUUGCCUCGACGCCAUGUGGUGCCGUUUCGACGCCCCCGGUUGGUUCGACGCCUAGCGCCAUGGCGGUUGCCUCGACGCCUCACGUGGCGCCAGCGGCCGCCACCGCGGCACCCGUCGAGUCUCCCGCUCCACCGGCGCCGCUCUCGUGCCGCGCGCUGCCGCGGCGCCGCGCGGUAGUGGUAGUCGAGCAGAAGGACGUGGCAACGAGUGACGACGAGGCCGGCUCGCUCGACAGUUUUGUCUGCGAGGAUCACGACUCCGACUCGGACGCGUCCGACCCAGGCGUCUCCGACGACGACGACGAUGCGCCGCCAGCGCCGGUGCCGCCGCCGCCGCCGCGCCGCCGCGCCCCGCCCAUCGUCGAAGCGCCCCUGUCGGACGAGGACGACGCCGCGCCGCCGGUGGCGUCGGAACCACAAUACGCCAAGGCCGAGGCCGGCGAGGUGGCCUCCGAGGACGAAAGCGCCGGGAGUCUGGACGAGUUUCUCGCGGACUCUGCCUCGGAGGGGGAGGAGGCCGCGGCGGACGACUCUACGGCGUCGGAGGCGGACGAGGCCCCCGCGGCACCGCCCAAGGCCCGGCGGCGCGUGAUCGAGGGGGAUUACUAA